AUGGCGGCGCUCAGCCCCUGGUUGCGUAAGGGACUGUGCGCUGGUCUGUUGGUGCUGUUCGGGGUGGCCGCCGUCCUACUGAUCGUGGUGCUCGCUCGAACUUAUUCCAUGAAGUCUCCUGCGCCAUCCGACAUUUGGGCGCGGAUGGGCGAGCCGCGCAUCGAAGCUAACUUCACCCCCUUGGAGCGACAGGAGCUUAAGGAGGCGCUGAAAGGUGCCAUCAGGUUGCAAACAGUUUCUUUUGCUCCAGACGACCAGAAUACAACAGCCCUGGCAGAGUUCGAGCCUUAUAUUCGUAAAGUCUUUCCUGCAGUGUUUUCUGCCACAUUCAUUCAACAUGAAGUUAUUGGGGAAUAUAGCCACUUAUUCACUAUCCAGGGCUCUGAGCCGCAGCUGCAACCCUACAUGCUCCUUGCCCACAUAGAUGUGGUUCCAGCUUCCCCACUAGGAUGGGAUGUUGAUGACCCUUUCUCCGCUGAAGAACGUGAUGGGUUUAUCUACGGACGGGGAACGCUGGAUAACAAAAAUUCUGUUAUAGGGAUUCUGCAGGCUCUAGAAUUCUUACUGAGACGAAAGUAUAGGCCUCGCAGGUCUUUCUAUAUUGGCCUUGGGCAUGAUGAAGAGGUGGGUGGUGGAAAAGGAGCAGCGAAGAUUGUGGCUGAGCUGGAAUCCAGAGGAGUGCAACUUUCUUUCUUGCUUGAUGAGGGAAGUUUCAUUUUAGAUGGGAUCAUAACUGGAUUAAAGAAACCUGCAGCUAUAAUAGCUGUCACAGAAAAGGGUGCAGUGACAGCAGAACUCAGUGUGACGUCAGCGCCAGGCCAUUCUUCUAUGCCACCUAAGAGGACGAGUAUUGGUAUUCUCUCUGAAGCUUUAGCCAGGUUGGAGCAGCAACCCAUGCCCAAUCUGUUUGGUAAGGGACCUGAAGCCCUUAUGUUGGAACAAUUGGCUCCAGACUUCAACUUCCCUCUCAAUAUCGUCAUGGCCAAUCUGUGGCUGUUUGCACCAGCUGUCAGCAGCUUUCUUGAGCAAACACCCUCUACUAAUGCCAUAGUUCGGACCACCACUGCAAUCACCAUGUUUCAUGGUGGAAUCAAGUCUAAUGUUAUCCCAGCAUCUGCAAACGCAACUGUGAAUUUUCGCAUCCAUCCUGCACAAACAGUUGAUGAGGUACUGGAAAUAGUAAGCAAAACGAUUGAUGAUAAGAGAGUAACGAUAGAAGCAACAAGUGCCUUUGAUCCGCUCCCAGUUAGUCCGUGGGACGACGAGACCUUCGGAGUACAGAUUUUCCGCCAGACCAUUCUGAAUGUUUUCCCAGAUGUUGGCAGUGUGGCUCCAGGCGUUUGUGUUGCAAACACUGACAGCAUCCACUUCACCAACCUCACAAAUGCCACUUAUCGAUUUAAUCCAGUGGUCUUUAAACCCGAUGAUAUGCCAAGGUUACAUGGAUUGAAUGAAAGGAUCUCUAUUGAAAGUUUUGAGAAGCAAGUGGAAUUUCUCUUCCAGCUCAUUCAAAAUUCUGAUAUCGACCCGUCUCAAAAACCUCAUGAGAAUGUUCAUGAACUAAACCAGGGAGCUAUGUCUUUGCUGGUGCUGUGUGCCAUGCAGCUGUGUCUCUUCCCUUUACAGCCACCAGGGGACAUUCUGCAAUAGACAUUCCUCAAGCAGCAAGAAUAAUCCUGGCCAAACUCUGGAAAACAGAACAUCUACCUACAAUUGAAGAAUGCAGGAAAAAGUCCAACAAUUUUAUGUAAUGGACAGACUCUCGCACCAAAUAAAUUUACAACCUGUGGAAAUAUACAUACAAAAAUGGCAGUUGUGGACUAAGUACAUUUUAAAGAACUUUUACCUAGGCAUUCAACCAGUUGAAUAUUAAUGAGAUUUAAAUGUUGUUGCUUGAUACACAAGUAUUGUUGUUCAAGUUUAAUUUCUUUUGUUUUCCUUCUCACUAUGGUGAAGAGAUAAACUCCGUUGUAUUCAGAAUCAACUCAACGACAGUGAUAUUUUUCAUUAGAAGAUAAUAUGGGGAUAAUAGUGUGACUGAAGGUGAAGUUUACUAUGCUGUUAGAGGGGGGAGGGACGGUAGAAGGGGAGAAUGUACAGUAACUGUAUGUCUAGCUGCUCUCAUCCUCUUUAUGUUGAAUUUUAAUUUUGUCACUGUAUAAUUUUAAAUAAAGAUUAUUUUAAAAACUU